CUGUCUGUUGGGCUCGUCCAGUUAGGAGGAGGGAAAGAUCUGCAACAGCAGAAGGAGAGGAAAAGAAGCAGAGAGACAUAAUAGGGAGUAAUCAAGAGGAGGGAGGCAUACAUUUCAGUACACUGUAAGUAUGCGUUGUUUCUAACAGUGAGGUAGGAGGAGAGGAGGAACAGGAGGAGGAGGAGGAAGGGGUGCUUCCUCUUCAGUCUGGGCUGAGCUGCUGAUGUAUCCCAGCAGCCCCAGUCCAUAGCAACAGGAAACCUGGUAUAUAAAGCCGCAUCGCAGGGGAAACCCUCCUAAGUGUUUCUCAGCCGCAGCAUGACCAGGACCGAGAGCCUCAGAGUGUGGACUUAACAAAACAAUGCCCAGCCUAAUCGUCGAACCACUCAACACACAGCACUUCAUCAUGGACAGAGAUGACAGGAAGAGAAACAAGAACAUUGGAAAGAACUUUAUGUGCCGACUCCAGUGCAUGUUCUCACACUCGUCAAGCUCUGAGAGGCUAAGUUUAGAAGAUACCCAACAAUGGUCACAGUCACUGGAAAGGCUUCUCGAGUCUAAAUAUGGACUGGCUACCUUUCGCAACUUUCUCAAAUCUGAAUACAGCGAUGAGAAUAUUGAGUUCUGGCUCACCUGUGAGGACUACAAGAAGAUCAAGUCUUCAUUCAGAAUGUCCUCAAGAGCCAAGAAGAUUUAUGAGCAGUUCAUCAAAGCAGAAUCUCCUAAAGAGAUCAACAUUGACUAUCACACUCGAGAGCAGAUCAAAAGGAACGUCAAGACUCCCACCAUGCACUGCUUUGACGACGCUCAAAAGAUAGUUUAUGGGCUGAUGGAAAGAGACUCGUACCCGCGGUUCCUCCGCUCGGACAUUUAUAGAACUCUCCUGGAAAACCUUGCUGCCGACGCCACGAAGGGAUGAAAGCCCAGUCAAGGGGAGAGAGAGAGGACAUAAAACUCAUAACUGGAAUGUUUGAGCUCCUUCACGAGGAAGGGCUCACAACAAAGAAGGAAGGAGUUAACCUGUGUGGCACACAGACACAUGCAGAGGCCUCACACCUUGCCAUCGUCACUAGAUCCAGAGGCAAACUGGGCCUUAGUCCCACCAUGGGAGCAUCCCCACACUGAGCUGUGCACCACACUCCUGAGGACUAUGUGGCAAGAAGAAGAAGAAUAAACAUGACCAACAUUAAUGAUAAUGACCCUGUAGAGUGCGCCUGCACUGGAUGAUGAGUUUGUGUAUGUAGGCAAAUUGAGCACUUUGACAGUGAAUGAAUCAGUGGGGCCACUGACGCUCGCUCUGACCAUGGAGCUGCGUAAGCAAACCAUGCAGCGGACCUCCUUUGGCCUUCUUUGCAGAGGUGUUUCCUGUGCAGAUUAAGAUAGAGGAUGUUAGAUGCAAUACUCGAUUAGUUGUGUGUGUAUGUGUGUGUGAGAGAGUAUGUGUGUAUCUGAGAGAGAGAGUGUAUUUAGUUGUAGCGUGUAACUGCCACUGACAUAUAAUAAGCUGUCACAAAAAAAGCUGGCGAAUUAUCUAAAGACAGCACAAAGGAAGACAACAAAUCCAUACCAGAGCCAGAGAACUCAAUAGUCAUAUGCCUUGCUUAGUAAAGGGUUGCAGAAGGCCGCUUAGUUCUGGAAGAGGCAUUCUGGGACACUUUAAAGGACUUUUUUUUUUUUUUUUUUUUUUUAGAUUGGACCGAUACAGGUUCUAAAAACUGAUACUGAUAUUUUAGAUUUAGGCUGCCUGUGGGUGAUAUUUUGUGCAAAUAUUUAAUAUCUUUAAUAUCAUUUUCAAACAACAAAUAGUAGUAGUAGUUACUAUUUUUCUUUCAAGAAAAAUACAGGAUAAUUUCAUUUUUAAUAAUAACAAAACAUAAUCAUGCACAUUUUUGUGGGGAAUCUGAACCAAAUUCUGCAUCACAGCACUAAGAACUACCCAUUUACAGCCGGUGAUGUCUAAUGUAAUUCCUCAGCACUCGACCACUGGCCAAAGUCUAAAUCAAAUUCUUACAGCACUUAAGUGAUAACAGUUGUGAUUUUAUGUAACAAAUUAUUUGAGUGGAAAUGUAAUAGAAAUAGUAUGUUUCACAUUGCAUGAUAGGAUGUUAAAACUCCUUGUAUACCCUGAGGAUAGGCCUUAUUACUGCUUUCCAAACCAUGUUGUUUGAAUGUAUUCUUACGGAGUUAAUAGUUAAGUUAAAAGUUAAACAUUGUAUUAUUUAUUGUUAAUUGUCACCAUUUGAGUACAAAGUUUGUUGCAGUGUUGAUGUGCUUGUUAAAAUGUUAGUGAUUUGAAUGACAUUAAAUUAUUUGAAUUGCA